AUGUCAAGGGCAACAUCACCUGCGGUAACAAGUGCGUCAGAGCAUCUGGCCAAAUUGUCACUUUCAGAAGGGAAGGGAUCCCCACAUUUGGGAAUUCACUAUUAUAAGGAUAACAACGGAAUGCGAUCUUCAUCCAGGAAUGUAUCAUCGCAUUGCAACGUAGCACAAAGUAUGAUGCGCAAAAAUUCAGCGAAUGAUAGUUCUGCUACGCUAAUUGGAUCUAUGAGCCGUGCGUCGUCGUCUACUGCCACCUUAUCCACUUCAGUAGACAGAGAAUCUGCUGAUGAUAAGAGAAAUAAACAUUCAACAGGGAUGAGAUCUGAACCUAGGGGCAACACUCAUGUGAAAACUAUUCCAAUUAAGAAAAACAAAAGAAGUCAAAGGGAAAUAAGCACUGUGAUGGAUGGUGAGGACUCCCCAGAUUUGCUGGCAACUUCUGUGGGAAAAGAGGUUGAUGGGAGAUUAGUUCCAUCAUCUUCUAGCAUCUCAUUGCUAUCAUUAAACAAUGGGGGAAAUGGGGUAGCUGGUGAAUCAUACAACGUAUCGGGAACCAGCUCACAUUCUGCACAUAACAACAACUCGUUGGAUCAAUGGCGUCCUAAUAGACAAAGGGUUAUAAAUCAACAUAGGUAUCCUUCACCCAUGAUUCAGCAUUCUUCUACAUACCUACCGGGUCUAGUCGGACAAGGAACAAAUCUGGGGGCCCCUGCCACGAUUGGUCCAAGAAGAUCGUCGUUUACUUCUCCGACAUUCCCAGGCAGUGCUGCUUUUGCCCAAACUUCCCCGGGAAAGUUGAAAAGGUCGGAUUCAUCAAAUAACACUGCCGCAAAGUCUAUUCAUAUGAGUCGGCGUGGUUCUAGGAGGUAUCCACAAUUUGCGAGACCGCAGUUUUCUUCGUACCAGAAUCUACAACUGCAUGGACAAUAUCAAAUCCAGGGCGAUGAUGUUGAUGAGGAUGACCCUGGCUCGCCUUCUUUGGGGCCUGUUUCAGCUUCUGGAUCACCAUCCGGAUUCUAUUUAACCGAUAAUUCUCCCCCAAGCUCGCUGAGAUCGAAUUCUAGUAAUUUUAACACAUACAUGGCUCAAAUACAGCAAAAUAGACCCAAGUAUGGCUUUUCCAGUACGAGAAAUCAGGGAUUUGCUGAAAUUCCCUUACCCAGAGUUGGAGGUGGGCUGAGAGGUUAUGAUUCCAGGAUAAAGUCAAGGGCUAACUCCAUGACUAGUUCAAUUGGAGGGAGAUCGCCUGAAUUUCUUCCCACAACUACUGCAUUUUCUUCGAUGACUCCGUUGAACCUCUCACUUACGAAUACACUACAAAAUAAUAACGAGCCAACGAGCGAGAAAUUAUCUAGCAGCACCAAUAACAGCGUAUCCUCCGUUAUUUCAGAUGACAAUGAUGUUUUUGGUGAGAGCAUUAAUGAUUGA